AUGGCUCUGGACCCACAUACUAGUUCACUAAAAGGAGUGGAGGCGGGGGCGGGGGAGGGGGCUUGUGGAAGGGCUCGGGACAAUAACUGUACAAGAACACUGGAGACAAAAGAAGAAGAAGAUGAUGAUGAUGAUGAUGAUGAAGACAGAGUCAUGAUGAGAAAUUGCCACGUAGAGGCCAAAAGCGCUUCCAUUGAUUACCUGGUGGAAGUUGGAGAACGGGCCCAUAGCCUUGGUGCUGGGCAUCAGGGAGAUGUGAUCUUUGCUGAUACGUGCCCCUUUGUACCAUCCUCACGUAGGUAUGACUUCAUCGAGAUUCGGGAUGGGGACAGUGAAUCCGCAGACCUCCUGGGAAAGCACUGUGGGAACAUAGCCCCACCCACCAUCAUCUCCUCGGGCUCCGUGCUCUACAUCAAGUUCACCUCCGACUACGCCCGGCAGGGGGCAGGCUUCUCCCUGCGCUAUGAGAUCUUCAAGACAGGCUCCGAAGAUUGUUCCAAAAACUUCACAAGCCCCAAUGGGACCAUUGAGUCCCCUGGAUUUCCCGAGAAGUACCCACACAACUUGGACUGCACCUUUACCAUCCUGGCCAAACCCAAGAUGGAGAUCAUCCUGCAGUUCCUGACCUUUGACCUGGAGCACGACCCUUUGCAGGUGGGAGAAGGAGACUGCAAAUACGAUUGGCUGGACAUCUGGGACGGCAUUCCGCAUGUUGGCCCUCUCAUUGGCAAGUACUGUGGGACCAAAACACCCUCUGAACUCCGCUCGUCGACAGGGAUCCUCUCCCUGACCUUUCACACGGACAUGGCGGUGGCCAAGGAUGGCUUCUCUGCACGCUACUACCUGGUUCACCAAGAGCCGCCAGAGAACUUCCAGUGCAAUGUGCCUCUGGGAAUGGAAUCUGGCCGGAUUGCUAAUGAACAGAUUAGUGCCUCAUCUACCUACUCUGAUGAAAGGUGGACACCUCAACAAAGCCGGCUCCAUGGCGAUGACAAUGGCUGGACCCCCAACUUGGAUUCCAGCAAGGAGUACCUCCAGGUGGACCUGCGCUUUCUAACCAUGCUCACGGCCAUUGCAACACAGGGAGCGAUUUCCAGGGAAACGCAGAAUGGCUACUAUGUCAAAUCCUACAAGCUGGAGGUCAGCACUAACGGGGAAGACUGGAUGGUCUACCGGCAUGGCAAAAACCACAAGUUGCAAAUAUCGCUUGGAAAGGGCAAGGCUGAGUUGGCCCUGGAUGCUCUGGGCAAGGGACUGAGUCCUCAUGCCCCUGACAAGCUUGGCGCAGUGGCAGUGUCGUAG